AUGGUGGUUGAGUUUGGCAUGUCAGAUUUAGGUAUGAUGCAUUAUUUUCUUGGUCUAGAAGUGAAUCAAUCUGUUGAUGGCAUUUUUAUUUCUCAAAAGAAAUAUGUGCAAGAUAUUCUGGACAGAUUCCAGAUGAAAAACUGCAACACUAUGAAAGCAGCUGGACAUUUGGUUGGUUACACUGAUAGCGACUAUGCCAGAAAUCUUGAAGACAGGAAAAGUACAUCAGGAUAUGCUUUUAUGUUGGGAUCUGGAGUUAUUUCUUGGUCUUCAAAAAAGCAACCUAUUGUUACUUUGUCGACCACAGAUGCAGAGUAUGUUGCUGCAGCGUCAUGCGCUUGUCAAGAUAAUCCAGUUGAAAAUGGACAGAGUAAGCCUAUAGAUGUGAAGUAUCACUUCUUGCCUGAUCUAAGUAAAGAUGCAAAGAUUAGUCUUAUCUAUUGCAGAAGUGAAGAGAAGGUUGCAGACAUAUUCACAAAGCCCUUGAAACCAGUGCCAUUUCUAAAGCUACGUGAUCAGCUUGGUGUUUGCAAAUUAAACUGA